AUGACGGUGAACGUGUCGGUGAACACCACAGAUCUGGUUGAGCCUGACCUGCUGCUGAUCCCUGCGUGCUCUCGUCAUUGUGAUCCAGCCACCACCUGCUCGGGGAACGGGGUGUGUGACCCCAUCACAGCGGAGUGCAUCUGCGACAGCCAGCACUUCAGCUCCGACUGCAGCGGCAUCUGCUCCGAUCACUGCGACGUCACAGGCACGCUGACCUGUGCCCUGCCGGAGGGGCAAAGUGUGCCAGUGUGCACCUGCAGGCCUGGGUACUGGGACAGCGACUGCCGAUGGAGCUGCUCCUGCACGGAGUCUGGCACGUUGCGCUGCAACGACGGCUCCACCGGUGAUGGCGCGUGCCAGUGCAAGUCCGGUUUCAUCGGCUUUUCCUGCGACAGCUGUGCCGCGUACAUGUACCCUCCGGGGGAAUGCUUCCGGCGGUGCGAGGAGGGCGUGGAUUGCUUCCAGGGCUCCUGCACACCCUACACGGGCAUUUGCGAGUGCGAGGUGGGCUGGGAGGGCUCCAACUGCGGAUGCUCCGUGGACAUGAGCCCCGGCGACUCCUGUGGUGGCCGUGGUUUCUGUGCCUCUGACGGCGCCUGCAUUUGCGACGUGAGGUUCGACGGGGGGGAGUGCGCCGCCUCCAAGUCCUACCAGCUGGCGGAAGCGGACUGCCCCUACUGCAACAACAACGGCAUCUGCGUCGAGGAGAGCGUUCAGGAUAGCAGCCAGUUUGUUUGCAGCUGCGCUAAGAAGCUGGGCUACUACGGCAACAACUGUGAGGUGUUUUGCUCCAGCUGCAACCCCUUGACGACCAGGACAUGUGCCGUGAUGAGCCAGGUGGAGCAGUGCUAUUGCGAAGAGUGGUGGUGGGGCCAGGACUGCAGCCGACCGUGCGCCUGUAUCCGGGCAGGUUCAAAGCAGUGUCUCAUGCAGACUGGGCAAUGCGAGUGCAAAGAGGGCUGGGCCGGCGUCUACUGCGAGCAGUGCGCUCCAGGUUACUACCCCGAGGGGGCCUGCGAUGUGCAGUGUGACUUCGGAACCACCUGCCAUUUGAAUGGCAUUUGCGGGCCGCAGGGCACCUGUCUGUGCAACGAUCUGUGGGACGGCGAGGGCUGCACUCUCUGCACCGGCGAUGGCCUGCCGAAGGUGGAAGACAACACCAGCUCAAUGCCUCCGUCAAUGCCUCCGUGCUCCACCCGGUGCUCCGACGCAACAUGCAGCGGCCACGGCGCCUGCACGGACGUGGGGCUUUGCGACUGCGACCCGGGCUGGUACGGGGGGCCUGUGGCCUGCUGGGAUGCAGCCCUGGCGGACCUGCGCGGGUGGUACCGCAGCCUCCCUGCGUUGCCAGAUUGCGACUUCGUGAUGCCGCUGGGCGCAGCCUUUCGCACGGAGUGCCACCAGCAGUGCACUUGCACUUCCCCUGGGACCCACUUCUGCCGCGAGGGGCGCACGGGGGACGGGCUCUGCGUGUGCCACAGCGGCUGGGGUGGCGACAACUGCGAGCUCUGCGCUGAAGGCUUCUUCCCAGCUCCGUCCACGGCAUCGCCAUCUUGCACCACCUUUUGUUCGGACUGGUCCACCUGCGGUGGCCAUGGUACCUGCAAUCCCUUCGGCAUUUGCCAAUGCGACCAGGGCUGGGCGGGAAGGAACUGUGACCACUGCGAGGAGAACUGGUAUCCUUUAGGUGCCUGCGACGUGUACUGCACGCCGGAGGAGACCUGUUCGCACCACGGGGUGUGCAGCUCCUACGGGCUGUGCCUUUGCGAGGAUGGGUGGACAACCGGCCUGAGGUCUCGCUUCCGCUUCGCCGCACAGGAGCUCGGAGCGCUUCCACUCGGCAACAGCUCGGAAGACGAGCUGUGGCAAUGCCUGCUGAGCUGCUCUAUGGAGUUGGGCGUGGACGCUGACUUGGACGACUGCGUGGAACUCUGUAUGGAUCCGCCCACAACGAGCACGAGCGGCCCUUUGGACGAGGCGAACGAAACCGCGGAGAAUGAGACGGACAGAGAGGUUGGCGUCAUGCAGAGGUCAGUCAAGAACGAGACCAACGAGUCGGCCGCGAACGCCGAGUCGGAGAAUCGAUCGUUCAACGCCUCUGACUCGGACUACAAGGACUCCUUUGAGGAGUCGGACUCAGACAACGAGACUUCGGAUGGCACCACUGCUACCUCCACGACGAGCUACACCUCCACGACUUCCAGCACCAGCUCAACCAGCACCAGCUCCAGCACCACAAGUUCCAGCAGUAGCACCAGCACCAGCACUAGCACAAGCUCCAGCAGCACCAGCAGCAGCAGUAGCAGCACCAGCACCAGCACCAGCAGCAGCAGUAGCAGCAGCACGAGCAGCACCAGCAGCAGCACCUCGAGCACCAGUGUCACCAGCUCUACAACCACUUUCACUUUCUACAAUGGGACCGUGAACAUGAGCGAGUUGGAGCUUUGCCUGGCCGCCUGCAAGGAGGCCUGGGCGUUGAGCGCCAACUUCAGCGCCAACCUCACCGCGGAGAUCGCCGCGGGCUGCCUGAAGCGCUGCGUGGUCAACGGCACGGUGUCCAUUGACGGCCCCAGCGCGCUCGUGAAGAGCUGCGACGUGCUGGACGUGACGCUGCUGCGCGUGGCGCCCUGCGCCACGGCGGCGGGGCUCCACGACGUCCUGGUGAAGCCCACGGCGCUGGGCUUCGCAGACCUCGCCUCCAGGACAUUUGCCAGCUUCAAGAUCAUGCAGGAGCUGAAGGUCAUCAACCUGGAGCCCUUUGGAGGUCCGGUUGCCGGCGGCAAGGUGGUGACUGUCUCCGGCAUUGGCUUCCCUGACGUGCACCGGGCCCACAUCUUCUUCGAGGAGGUUGGGCCCUGCAAGGUGAUCGAAAGUACCUCGCGAGAGAUCAAGUGCCUCACGCCCCACCUCAGCCCCUGGCGCUUCCAGCAGCUCUGGAACGCCUCCGCGCGGUCCUUCGCCCACAGCGACGGGACGCUGGCGUUGCCCGCGCCGGUGCGGAUGGUGGUCGGCGACCUGACCACUGCGCUGGUGGCCGCACAUGGGAAAUGCCUGACGGAACUGCAGGAGCUCCAGGGCUACAGCUUCGAGGCCUGUGCUCGCACCUGCAUCUCAGGCUUCAUCGCCGGCACCUGCUUCGGCUUCUCCCACGGCUUUCGCGGCAGCGCGCUCCAGGUGUGCUCUCUGGUGGUGCAUCCCGAAGGUUGCCACACCUGGGUUCCAGAUCCGGAGUUCCACAGCUACACCAUCCGCGAUGCCGACAGCAACGGCUCUUCUCCCGCAGUGUGGCCCAUGGUCACAGUGACUGCAACCACCACCACCUUCACGAGGACCACUGUCACCAGUCGUAAUACCACAUCCACCACCAGCACCACAACCUCCUCUACCUCCACCACGCGUAGUACCAGCAGCAGCAGCUCCAGCACCUCCUCCACCUUCUCCACCUCCACCGCCACCACGGUCACGUCCACCCAAACGAGCUCCACCAGCAGCACUUGGACCAACACCUCCAGCACACAGACCAGCACCAGCAUCACCACCUCGAGCACAACCUCCACGGUGACUGGGACCACAUCGACACAGAGCUCUACGAGCUCCAGCAGUGCCACCUCCGUCACCUCCUCCACGGCGACGUCCAGCUCAGAGACCAGUAGCACUGCCACGGCCACCAGCGGGACCUCCACCAGCAGCGGCACCAGCACCACCGCUGUGAGCACCACACGGACAACUUCAACCACCCAGACGCGAACCAGCUCUACAGCCACCAGUUCCACCAUCACUGCCACCUCUAUCACCUCCAGCUCCAGCUCCACCACCUCUGCCACCAGCACCAGCAGCACCACUACAACCACCACCACGUCUCUGGAUCCGAAUGAUGUGAUCUUCUUGGUGGAGGCCUAUGGCCCCGAGGCCACCGGCAUGCUUCCCGAUCACGGCCCAGCGGGGACUGAGAUCGCGGUGACGGGCACCUCCUUCGGCGAGGAGAACGGCACGGUGCACCUCGCGGAGCCCGGCACAGCCGAUGCCUUCAGCGAGCUCCAGUGUGAGCUGCUGCACUGGCAGGACACCUCAGUGCUGUGUCGCCUGCCUGCGUUGCCAGCAGGCGUCUAUGAGGUCCGAGUGCGAGUCCCAGGACUGGGCGACGCCGUGGUCCCAGUGCCCUUCCUGGUGCCUCUGCAGCUGCGUGCUGGGGGCCUCGCGCAACACGCCCAGCUUCUGCGGACCGCAAAUGCGGAGGACAGAGACCUCUUCCUGAACCUGGAGGGCAGUAUGGCUGGCGGCCAGGAGCUGCUGUUCUUCGGCCAGGGCUUGGGCGACCAGGCGAGCGGUUGCACAUAG